AUGAGGUAUUGGCAGGAGACAUUAGACAUUUCUAUCUUUCUUUCUUCCUUCUUUCUUUUCUCCUCUCUUUCUUUCUUUCUUUCUUUUUUCUUUCUUUCUUUCUUAAACCAAGUAGAGUCUUUAGUUCCAAUUGUCAAUAUCACUUUUCUUUAUUUCCUUCACUCUUUCUUUUUCUUCAUUUCAGUCUUAUUGUUCCUCUUUUCUUAUUUUUCAUUCACCUCUUCCUUUUUCCUGAUUUUCAUUGUUUCUUUUUCGAAAUUUUUAUUCAUUAAAUUGUUUCAUUCUUAUUUUCCUACUCAUUCAUUCACACUUCCCUAUUCUUCAAAGUUUUAUUCUUCUUCUUGUCUUUCUUUAAUUUGUUCUUUUCCUUUCAAUUUCUUCUUCGGCUAUUUUCCUCUUUCUUUAAAACAUCCUCUUUUCCUUUCCAAGAUAUCUUUCUUUUUCUUCUUCUUCUUUUUCAUCUUCUUUUUCUUCUUUUUCUUCUUUUUUUAUCAAUGCUUCUCUUUACACUUUUUCUUUGUUGGUCUUCUUUUUCCCCUCAUCACUCUCUCUCUCUCUCACUCUAUUUCUCUUCCUAUCUUUAUUUCUCUUUCCUUUUUCUUUCUUUCAUAUUUCUCUCCUUCUUCUCUUUUAACUUUUUCUUUGCUCUAUUUCCUUCUUAUUUUUUAUUUUCUUUUUCUCCUUCCCUUUGUCUCUUCCUUAUCUUCAUUCACCUUCUCUAUCCCUACUUAUUAUUAUUUGCCUAAUUUAUUAAAUAUAAACCUCUUUUUUUCAUCUGGUGUUUUUGUCCCCCCCCCCCCCGCCAUCACUCGAUUCAUUUUAUCUUCCACAUCAUUUUACUCACUCCAGUUCAAUUCUCUAUUUCUUCUUCUUCUUCUUUUUCUCCCCACUCUCUUUAUCUUUUUUCUUUCUUCUCUUCCCCAUCUUUCUUCUUCUAAUCUCUUUUAUGUUCCUGUAUCUUUCUUCACCUUCUUCGUCUAUCAUUGA